AUCCACUUUACCAUUUCUGAUUAAAUUCACAUCCAAUCCAAUCGAUUCGAAAAAACUAACUCAUCAAGUAAUACCUUGAAAAACUCAUCAAAAAAAACAACCCAUCAUGGCUACUACUCAACCCGAUACCACUACCAUUGUCGAUGAAGGAGGUGCCGAAGAAAUGGUCAUCGAGUCCAACUGGGACCAGGUGGUCGAUAAUUUCGACGCAAUGGAACUCAAAGCCGAACUUCUCCGAGGUAUCUAUGCCUACGGUUUCGAACGACCUUCUGCUAUUCAACAGCGUGCUAUCAUCCCUGUCAUCAAGGGUCACGAUGUCAUUGCCCAAGCUCAAUCUGGAACCGGGAAAACUGCUACAUUCUCAAUCUCCAUCCUUCAGUCUAUUGACGUUAACAUCAAAGCAUGCCAAGCUCUCGUCCUCGCUCCUACCCGUGAGCUGGCUCAACAAAUCCAAAAAGUCUUGGUCGCUCUAGGUGACUACCUCAACAUCGAGUGUUACGCCGCUGUCGGUGGUACAUCCGUUCGAGAGGGAAUGGCCAAGCUACAAGAAGGUGUUCACGUGAUCGUCGGUACACCUGGUCGUGUUUAUGACAUGAUCCAGCGACGAGCUCUCAAGACCGACCACAUCAAGAUCUUCACACUUGAUGAAGCCGAUGAGAUGUUGAGCAGAGGUUUCAAAGACCAGAUCUACGAUGUCUUCCAACUCUUACCUCCUACCACCCAAGUCGUCUUGCUCAGUGCUACUAUGCCUCAAGAUGUCUUGGAGGUCACUUCAAAAUUCAUGAGGGAACCGAUCCGGAUCCUUGUGAAACGUGAUGAGUUGACCUUGGAAGGUAUUAAGCAAUUCUACAUUGCUGUUGAGAAGGAAGAAUGGAAACUCGACACAUUGUGUGACUUGUACGAGACUGUCACCAUCACCCAGGCUGUGAUCUUCUGUAACACCCGUAGAAAAGUUGACUGGCUUCAAGAGAAGCUCACUGGACGGGAGUUCACCGUUUCUUCAAUGCACGGUGACAUGGAACAAGGACAGAGAGAAGUGAUCAUGAAGGAAUUCCGAUCAGGAUCAUCCCGAGUUUUGAUCACCACCGACCUGUUGGCCCGUGGUAUUGAUGUUCAGCAAGUCUCAUUGGUUAUCAACUAUGACUUGCCAGUCUCCAAAGAAAACUACAUCCAUCGUAUCGGUCGUGGUGGACGUUUCGGACGAAAGGGUGUGGCUAUCAACUUCGUGUCUUCUGAAGACGUAGCAGCCCUACGAGAGCUUGAACGAUUUUACAACACUCAAAUUGAUGAGAUGCCACUCAACGUUGCUGAUCUCAUUUAAGGCCUUCGAUUAUCACUACUACCCUGUAUACAGAAAGAAAAGCGGAGCGUACCUCCGUUUUUGUUUUUUGUUCAACUCUAUUUCCUAAAAAAAGUGAUUGUUUAUUGUUUGUUUAUUGUUGUGAGUUAUCAUCAUAAUCUUUUUUGAGAAUUACUUACCCAAGUAAACAAAAACCCAAAAUAAACAAUUGACAACACCCGUCAAAAAUUUUGAAACUUCAAUCUUGAAGAGGUUUUACUUUUCUCGUAUAUUGCAUUUCGACGAAAAAUUUUUGAUGUCUUCCAGUUUUUUUGAUGUUUGUUUGCUUCUUUGAUUACCUUUUUUCAUAUUCUUCUUUUCCUUCAUCUUUUUAUUUACUUACCAACACAAUACCGAACUUGAAAAGGGUUUCUUUUUUUAGUUGGUUGAUUUUCAAAUCUCCUAAUAUAUAGACGUGAUGAAAAAAGAAAAGAGGUUGUUUCUUUUGGUUUUUGUUUCCCUUGGUUUCAUCUUUUUUUUGGAUUUAGUUUAGAUGUUAAACUUUAAAAAACCCUUUAGCUAGAUGAAAAAUUUCAAAAAUUCUUUAACUCUU